AUGUCGUGGUUCGGCACCAAAUAUGUCCGCAAAUUCAUAAAUAAUAAAGAAUAUUUGCCAUCAUUGAAAAAGGCUGUCCUCAUCACUGGUACCGACAAAGACUUGGGUCAUGACGUUGCCGUCAAAUUGAAUGAUCAGGGAUACCGAGUCUAUGCCACUGUUAUGGAUCACAAAAGUCCAGCCGCAGAGAAACUCGUCAAUGACUCGCGAUUUGUCUCACUUAUGAAUAUUAAGGAAAUGGAUGUCACGAACGAGACUGAAGUGAACAAAGUGGCCAAAGAGGUGACAGAGGAACUGGAGGCUAAUGGCGAGCAGUUGUGGGCUGUGAUCAAUGCGGCAGAAGUGCAAGAGUUCGGUCACUUUGAUUGGUCUCAAUUCGAGUUGUAUGAGAAGAUCUUUGAUGUGAACACCUUUGGUACGGUUCGGGUGGUCCGGGCUUUCCUACCACUCCUCCGACAAUCCAAAGGUCGUAUUGUGAACAUUGAGAGCAUAGCGGGCAGACUAACCCUCCCUAAGCUGACGGCCUAUUGUAUGACAAAACAUGCGAACCUGGCGUUUGCCGAUGCGCUCAGACGUGAG